GUUGACAUCUUGUUGGCUCUGGAUCAAGCAAACUGCAAGCACACCAAGCCCUACCGACAACGCCACAACCGAACUCUUAAAGCCAAAUCCAUGCGGACACCAUCGCACUUUAGGCUUGGCUGGUAUCUUUGUUCAAGACCCUUGAUCGCGGCAUAGGCCUUAUUUGUCAAUGUCUUCUUCAUAAGCGUUGCCUGCCUGCCCAAUAGCCAGUCUUUACCCCCGAACGCCCCACGCGACUUCCCAGACCGAUGGCUGUGUCAGCGACAUGGGUAGAUCAACAAACGGGCUGAAAAUGUCUCUGAGCCAACGAGCUUUCAAGUCGUCCGUGGAGGCAGAACGAAGGGACCCUUUGCCUUGUAGGUUCUUCCGGGGGUCACGCUACUGCAAGUCAGGUUGCUGCGGUUGAGCUUCCCGACUUGGGAUUGAGAUGCAACUGAGCAUCACGGAAGCCCGGUUCAAUACAUCCCCGCCGGAAGACUGCAUGGGGCUGCUGGUGAUAAACCCAGCGAUCCCCGAGUCUGAGCGGGCAACCAACUCCUUCGCGUCCCGUUAUUCCGCCCGUGUCGACUUUUCACCACGACUAUUAGGUCCCGGCCUAUCGAGAUUACCGAGUCCCUCUUGCGAAGUUGAAUCGCGUUUAGCAAGAACUCAGACUUGUCCUAGCGAUAGUCUUGGCGGUCGUUCGCCGUAGCCGUCUGCGUUCACCGGCUUCCAUGUGGCAUUCUUCUCAAUAAUGGCGAGAUCCUUUGGAAUUCUCUUGGGGGUAUUGCUCGUCUUGUCCUCCCCAGUAUCGUGUCUUACGGCAUGGUGGACGGAGCUGAGCCCCCAUCUGGCGUUGCAAGACCCUGCGACGGGCGACAUUCAGUACACCGCUUGCAAUAGUAACUCCACGCCCAUCUUGCCAACAGAUGGGCUCAACAUCUUUCUUCUCCAGAGAAAGCCGAGACUUGGCACCUCUAUCGCCGCUGCUGGAUGGUACGAUGUGCCGAAGAAGACGACGAUUGCCUCGAUAUUCUACCAGGCCGAGGACAACUCCAUUGUGAACGGCUACUUCACCUGCAACUUCGAUACAGGCCAUUACGCCAUCAAGGGCGAGUACGUCAUCUCCGCAACGGCCGGACUCGAGUCCAUACACAAUCAGACUGGCUUGGCCGUCGAGCUACUGGGUGCGGAUGAUGGGUAUCGUGUCUUCUUCCACGAUGAAGCAAAGACGGUCAACGUUUUAUCGUACACGACCAAGACCGACUGGCGAUUGCAGGGGCCAAUUUCGCAGGACCCCGUAGGAGGAAUGGCCUUGACCUCGGUACACUCGGGACAGCUCAACAUGUCUGUUAUCUUCCCCAAAGACUCGGAGAAUGUCGAAAUAUCGAGGAUUUUCAAGGACGAGACGUGGCGUCUUGCUACGCUGCCUCGCCCACUCCUGGGGAACGCAAAUGAAUCGACGAAAGCAGCCGAUAUCCACCUCGAUUCGACGCUUACUCCGAACUUCACCAUGCCGGCUUUCGCGAGCAACCUGACUUCGCUAGGCGCAACGGUGGAUAAAGCAUAUGUACGCAGCAUCUUCUACCUGGGCACCGACGCGAAGCUGCAUCAAAUGUCGAACAUCGAUUGGCAGUGGAAGCUCAUGCCUGACCAGGAUGCGCGCCUCUGGCCUGCUGCGGAUGUUGCGAGUGGCUCUUUCGCGACAACAAGCAACUUUGACACUAGCGAAGCGUGGAUAUGGUACCAGUCAAACGGGAGCCUGGUUCAGUUAUACCAUGCUGAAGAUGGUCUUUGGAAGCAAGCCGUGGUGGUCCCCAGCUUCAAUGCAACAAAGGCGGUCGAAGAGGAGCCCCAGGGAACAGCAACACCUUCAGCUUCAUCAACGGCCACAGCGAAACCAGUUGUCUUAUCAACCGGGGCUAAGGCUGGCAUAGGGAUCGGCGUUUCUUGUGGAGUUGUUGCUCUUGCUGGAGGUAUCAUCAUCCUCCUAGUGCGGAGAAGGCGGCAACGGGCAGCCGAGGCCGCGGAGGCAGCUCGUCUGAAGGAAGCCGAAGCUGUUGCUCAAAUGGGACCGUACGGCGAAGGCGGAGUGGGCCCAUAUACGGAAUUCGGAAACUUGACGUGGGGUCCCGGGACGCCGAAUGAGAAACACGGCACCGAAAUACUCGAGGCAGAUGCGGUGGAUACGACGGCACCACAAGAACUAGCCAAUGGAGGCGAAAGAUACGAGCUCGUUGGCGAGGGCCAUUGGAGAGAAAUGGACGCGACAGGACAGAAUAAAGCGAGAAGAAGUAUCGGAGGCUGGAGAGAGGCGCAAGAGGCGGCAACAAAGAAGUAACGAGGCCGUGGAUAAUGAAGCCACGUAGUGAUGAACGACCAUAAUGAUUAAAGAUUUUAUCGAAUCGCGUCAAAGGCACUGUACCUGAGGGCAGCUGCAGGACUAGUGACAAUGUGUCAGGACGUGUCAAGAAUGCAUCGAUUGUAGCAAGCCGUCUCUCUGUUUCCAAUAUGAUUGCUGCCGGCUUAGACGACCAAACGACCCCUGCUUAACUCUGGGAGUACCCAAACACUUAGCCAUAUGUCUUGUGGUACGCAAGCUGGGG